AUGGCGUUGAGAAGGGUUUACAGUGAAAUCAAAGGGAAGAAGGUGACAGAGCUACCAGGCUAUUUCAAAUCGACGUUUUCGAUGGAGACCGUGAAGACCUCUGUGAGGAGAGGACUCGAUAACUACAAUGACAAAUACAUUCAGACCAGCUCCGUCGAGCCUCUCCUUCACGUCUGCUUCGGAGGUAUGGCUUUCUCUUACCUCGUCGCUCUCCCUAAUGAGCGUCGCCAUCUUGAGCACCAGCAGCAUGCUAAGGAGCACGGUGGUCAUUGAUCUCAGAGGGAAU